AUGGAGGAACCUAUGGUAGAUGCGUUUUUGGAUAUGGAUAUGGCUCAGGAGGACGUCCUCUGGUACGAGACCUCCUUUGUUGAGCAUAAAAUGGAUGACUCUGUGCAAUAUCCUCCCUCUCAUCCCGUUGAGGUCGAGAUGGUUGCAUUUGGAACUGAAAUUAUUGAUUAUGAUAUGAUGGAUGAGGCCGCGGAGGCCAUGGAGGCCCCUAUCACAUCUCUCCCAGACGAGGCCAUGAACUCGGAUGUCCCUAUCUCUUCUCCUGAAGGACGCACGGUAUCCCAUACAGUUGCAGAAGAAUCCCAUCCCCCAGUGGCCAUCUCAUCAGCACCGAAUAUCAAUCCGGAUGCUCAGGGCGACCCGAAUGUUCCCUUAGUAUCGCUACAUCUAUCAGUCGAUCCGUCCGUGAACCCCGCCCAAGUCCUGACUAAUGCUGCUCAUAUUACGCCACCUGCUGAAGAGAAUCAAGAUCCCAUUGAAGAACAGGCUUCGCACGUUGGACCUGCCAGCGAACCCACUGUUGUCGGAGUACCUGACUCGUCUCGCCCCGUGUCACCGAAUAUUGAACUCCCCGCCACUCCCCCAGCCGUAUCUGCAGAAGAUCUAAGCCACUCCCAUUCGGAUGACCAAGAUGACCGUGAUUCUGAGAAUCCUUCCCAACCUGGCGAAAACGAAGAAGCUGACAAUGAGGCAACGGAUGCGAAUCCAGAAGCCACCCAGCGCGAGGAUGCACCAUCCGUUGCCGGAGCGGUUCCUGAACCUUAUGAUGAACAUGCUAUUCCUGAGACAGAACCGAUAGAGAACAUCCCCUCAGUGCUGGUGAAGGCACUUACAUCAUCUACUCUGCCCUCGUUCUACCUGUUUUCUGUCUCCCAACAGCUUGAUGACUCAGGAGGAGGCGAGACUCCGCCCGUCUUGCACCAUGAAUACAAACAUCUUUUUGCUGAGCCAAUUGAGCACAUCUUCAAUCUUCUGCGUACUAUGUCUGUGGAAUUGGAACUUAUGCCCCACGGCGAACUUUCUCUUACGUCGGAGGCUUUGGACUUGACUAUAACAGAGGAUAAUGUGUACUCCAGGGAAAUCUCUUUGAACGACCUUUACUCUUUACAACUUGGAUGUGAGAUCGACGGCCCCCUCAUUGUUCGAUUGGACCAGAUCGGGUCUAGGUUCAUCAUGCGGUAUAAUGCCAUCGUCAACGAGAUGGCUAAAGUGGUCAAAGAAGAAAGUGACCAUGAAGAACAGGGGCAGGGCGAGCAAGAAAAGGAGGAUGAUGAAGAUCAUCGAGAAGUCGUGGCAAUACCCGACGAAGUGACAGCGGCUCUGCUUGCCGCAGAGGAAGAAACGGACGAAAAACCAGAAUCUCAUUUAUCCGAGCCCACUGGAGAAGACGAUCAAGCCUCACAAGAAGCUAAGCUACUUGAGCAAGCCAAUACCAGUAAAUUGGAUCCUGACGCGGUUAAGGUUGAAGAGGUUGAACGCGGCUCUCCUCUCGAGCAGUUCGAUGGCCAUAGGGAUGGUGAGACCGGAACACUUCCCUCUAAAUAUGAGGAGGAAGGCCAUAACUCAAGUUCUACGGAUGACUAUAACCCUGAUCACACAAAAGCAGUGCUGAGCGAGUCACGUCAAGGAACUACACACAGAGAGGAAGGCGAACAAGAAGAAACACAAGAAGAGACCUACGCUGAGGAAGUACAGGAAUAUGAUACCCAAGAAUAUGAGGAGACGCAUGAUCCGUCGUCACAUCCACCAGAUGAGGCCGACGAAGGGGCGGAUGCCCAAACUCAAGAUGUGAAUCCUGCUGCUGAUGUUCCUGAUCUGGCCCACGAAGACGAACAUCCUGAAGCCUCUCCGGCGGAAGUAGCAUCGUCACAUACCAUGGUUUCGUCGAGGCGCGCGUCGCCGGGAAUUCAUGAGACAGAUCGGGAAGAGGCUGACCCCGCUUCGCCGCAGUCCCACUCGCCCCGAACCACCUCGCCACCUCAAGAAGGGGGCCUGGAAGAGUCAGAACCCGGUGAAGCUAAGUCUGAAAGAUACCCUGAAGGUUGGUCCGAACAGCCAGAAGAGUACGCGGAGGGCGAAGAAGGUUAUGAUGAGUACCCUGAUGAAGAUUAUCAAGAUGACGGCGCACAGUACGAAGACGGAGCAGAGGAGACGCAUUUCCUUGCCCUCCCGCAGGCUGUGAAUGAAUAUGGCGAGGAUGGGCAAGAUGAAUAUGGCAUCGUAACUAAUGACAACUCAGUUGUCCCAUCCGGAGAAGUUCAUGACGUGCCACCUGUGGCAUCCGAGCUGGAUGAGCACGAAGGGGACACGUCUUUGGAGUCUGUUGUCAUAUCAACGUCCAAUGACACAAUAAAAGUUCCCCUUGGACGCUCGAUGUCGCUGUCGAGUUCCAAGCGAAGCUUCGACUCCCGUGUUGACGAUGAGGACGUUGAUGCAGCGAAUAGCCAGAUUCCACAUCAAGUUGAACGCAAACGUAUUCGGGUGGAGUAG